UGCUAAACUCAGAGCUACCAAGCUUCGACAGUCGCAACCAAUUACAAAAUCUAUUGCCAGUCUUGCUCGCGUCCUAGCUCCUUAAGGAAAAAAUGGCCGCCGUCGUUGCCAACCCCCACAUCAACAUUACUGAAAUCACAGCCAACAUGAAAGCGGAGGGAGUCCAGUCCCCUGAGAUAGAAGCUAUAGUGAAGGCACUUUCAGACGACACGAUAUGGAAAACAAUCGAGGGAUUCAAGGGCAAGGACAUGAGCACUCAGGAGAAAAUGAUUAACAACAUGGUGGCCGGUGGUCACCUACCUCAAGUCGGUGUUCCUCUUCCAACGCCAGUGAACCCAACUGACCCUCACGUGAUCUCGGUCGCAAAAUUUGCAGUGGCAAAGUACAACGACAAGCAUGGGACAAAACUGGUUUUCAACCGCGUGAAUGGCGGCCUGCAGUGGAAAAUUGUUAUUGGCACUCUCUAUAUCCUUGUCCUUGCAACUCAGGAUUCUAAGGGCACAUAUACCGAUUAUGCAGUGGUUUUUGAGACCUUUUUGGGUCAGAAGUACCUCUUCUGGUAUAAGCAUUAAUCAAGCUUCGCUGCCACUCUUCAGCUGAGGAUGACCAAUGUACUCUGUUAAGUACUUUUAAUUAUAUGGUGUCUAUGGUGUGGUUUGAGUAUGUGUAUGGACGUUUAAAACUAUGGAUGUAUUGCUGACAAGCAUGCAUCUCCCCCACGGCUGUACUACUAUGUUAAAAGGUGCACUUGUACCAGCAAAAAUGCACCAUAUUCAAUAAAUAAAAACAGCCAUUUAUGUUUCAGUUUGUA